AAGAGGAAUAGGUACACUACGGGUUUCGCUUUGGCACUUUCCUCAUAUCUUGUAGUGCUAGAAACGAUACCGUGUCAACGAAAUCAAUUUGACCGAAAAGAGACAAAAUCGGCGAAAAAUUACGCGAAGGUAAUCGCAGUCGUCCAUCGACGGCGACGGCAACGGCGACGAUGACCGAUAGUCGCCUUCGAGCUCUUGUAGAAGCGAUACACUCCUCUCCUACUCAAGCUGUCAUUUAUCUCUCCGGAGGUGCCUCUCAGGCACUGGGGUGGUUGAUGUCAGUUCCAGGAGCAUCAAACACGGUGCUUGAAUCCAUAGUUACUUAUUCAAGAAUGUCUCUGAUUCAAUUACUUGGCAAGGUUCCUGCUCAAGCAGCUAGUUCGCAAACGGCUGAGGAAAUGGCAUUGUUGGCUUAUAAUAGAGCAUUAAAGCUUUCUAAACCAGGUUCACCAGUUUUGGGUGUGGGUUUUACUGGUGCCUUGGCUAGUGCACGUCCAAAACGUGGAGAUCAUAGGUUUCACUUGUCAACCAGAACGUCUGACCGGCUUUGGUCCUCGACUGUUACUUUAACUAAGGGGCUGCGGACUCGUGAGCAGGAAGAUGGAGUCUCAAGUCAAUACUUAAUCAAGGCAAUUGCAAAUGCUAGCAAGGUUCCAGGAACAUUUGUUCCAGACUUGACUGAAUCAGAAGUUCCAGAUGAAUAUGAAAGGCAGUUUGACGAAGAUGAAGAGCUAGAGCAACUUCUCACCGGGACUAUAUGCUUCAAAAUGUAUCCAUUCUCAAGAGACACGUCUGAUGCACAAAGGAAAAUAAUUCUAUCUGGUUCCUUUAAUCCAUUGCAUGAUGGUCACGUUAAGCUCUUGGAAAUUGCAACUAGCAUUUGUGGUGGUGGAUAUCCAUGCUUUGAGUUGUCAGCUGUCAAUGCAGACAAACCUCCAUUGGCAAUAUCUCAAAUCAAAGAUCGUGUUAAGCAAUUUGAAAAAGUUGGAAAGACGGUGAUAGUGUCUAACCAGCCAUAUUUCUACAAGAAAGCAGAACUUUUUCCUGGCAGUGCUUUUGUCAUUGGUGCUGACACAGUUGCAAGACUUGUACAUCCAAAGUAUUAUGGUGAUGACUAUGGAAAGAUGUUGGAGAUACUUCUGGGAUGUAAAAACACAGGAUGUACUUUUCUAGUUGGUGGUCGAAAUGUUAAUGGAACUUUCAAGGUUCUUGAGGAUUUUGACAUUCCAGCAGAGCUAAAAGACAUGUUUGUCCCCAUACCGGUCGAGAAAUUCCGCGUGGAUAUAUCCUCCACCGAAAUUAGGAAGAGUCAAGGCCUUUUGUAAGCUGUUUGCAUAAUUUCACUUAACCUUUCUGCAUUGUUACUUGGCAUUGUCUAAGCAAUUACUUGUCUAUGUAACAUAAAAAUAAAGGGCAAAACAAAAAGGACAGUAUAGUGAUAACCAAGAAAGUAAGCUUUAUCAGUUCUUUCAUAGUUUUCUCUUUCAAGUCUCCAUAGAACUGAGAAUGCGAGGAAUUGUUAUACUCUGAUAUGGGUAUUCUUUCUAACAUUUGUAUAUUAAUUGAUGCUUGGUUUUUAAAUUUUAUGACCUUUAACCAAGGCUUCUGUUAA